AUGUCUGCGCCCACUAGCAGCUCCAGCAACACUGUUCAGCCGUCCAUCUCUUCGCCCGGAGAAACUCCCCCACCCUCCAUCGUCGCUGCUGGUACUUUCGUCCCAGCAGCCCCCGUAGAGCCCGCAGAGCCACAACAAGCUGCCACUGGUCCUGGAAGCGGUGGCGUGGUUCCAGACCAGGCGCACAAGCUGCCGUUCAAAGAGCAAGUCAAUGGCUACGCUAAGAAGUUCGCCGGUGCCACAUUCGGCAAUGAAGAAGAGAGGAAAUGGGGAGAGAAGAAGCUCGCCGGGGAGCUGUGA